AGAACGCUGCCACGCCGCACCGUCCCGCAGGCGCCGCGCAGCAGCCACUCCAGCCAGCAGCACCAGCAACAAAACCCCGACUCGUGAAGAGGCGGCGGCGGCAGCUAGCCACGUCGCGCAUCUCCCUCCUCCGCGAUCUCUCCUCUACCCUCCUCUCCCCGCUCGCCUGAGUUGCCAUGGCGGCCACGCUCCUCCGCCGGGCGCUCCACCUCCGCCGCGUCCUCCCCUCCCCUUCCACCCACGCCCUCCUCCCCGCCGCCUCCCAGCGCCUCCUCUCCGGCUUCACCACCACAGCCUCCACUCAGCGGAACACCGCCGCUACCCCCAUCGACCUCUCCUCCGAUGAGAGCCGCCGCCGCCUCGUCAACAGCUUGGUGUACAGGAGCAAGCAGAGGGGGUUCCUGGAGCUGGACCUGGUCCUCGGAACCUGGGUCGAGCAGCACAUACGCUCCAUGGAUGAGGCCAACAUCCGCUCUCUGCUUCAAGUCCUCGACCUCGAGAAUCCAGAUUUGUGGAAAUGGCUUACUGGUCAGGAGCAACCACCAGAGGCUGUGAACUCCAAUCCGGUAUUUAUUGCUAUUAAGUCAAAGGUCACAGAUAACCUGAGCAAGCACGCUUCUCCGGAGACCCGGUCAGCACCUGGUCAGCCAUGGGUGAGAGGGUGGGAUGACAAGAGAGGCAUAGAUGGACCUAAGUACGGAAAUCAGUGAUGAGAUGCUUGAAAUAAAGCGUACACAUUAAAUAAGAUGAUCUUCUCUUCAUCCUUGUUAUGAUGCUUGUGUAGUAUAAAGUAAAUCAUGGUGAGCAUUACAUAAGAUCAUCUUAACUUUCAUCAUUGUAUAUGAUGCUUGUGUAGAAUAAAGUAAAUCAUGGUAAACAAUUGGAUUCAUUGCAUUUGUGCUAA